CGCCGCAUCGAGCUGUGGAUUGCUCUCCGAAUCAAUUGCUGCCUUUUUGCGCAACUCCCAACCAUGCGUCUGUUCGCUACCGGUCGGGCCCUGCGCGCAAGCAGCGCCAGGUGGGCAAUUGCAUCUCCCCGUCGAAGCAUCCGCCUUCCGCUGUCGCAAUUCUCGGAGCCUCUGGCCAUCAAGCGGAGAGACUGGAGCUCUACGGCAGUUCGCCGGACGAACGAGAAAACAGACGACGCCGAUCAGAAGCCCACCACCCGGCCCUCUGUACCGAAGUCAUUGACCAUCGAAGGCCACUCCUACCGAACCGAUGAAUGGACCAACUCCCCCGACACAAUCCUUUCCCACGUCGGACGCCGGCUAUACCUCGAUGAGAACCACCCGCUCGCCAUUACGCGCCAAUUGAUCGAGAGUCAGUUCGCGGGCCCGACUUACGGAAACUACACCGAGAAGAACCCCGUCGUCUCGACGGCGCAGAACUUCGAUGUCCUGGGCUUCCCUCUGGAUCACCCCGGCCGCAGUCGCACGGAUACAUACUAUAUCAACGAUAAGACGGUCUUGAGGACGCAUACCAGCGCCCAUCAGCAGGCGUAUUUCCAGCAGAUCAAUCGCAAUGAGAGCACAAGGCCGGAGGAAGUGGGUUAUACUGUUGUUGCGGACGUGUAUCGGAGGGAUGCCAUUGACCGCAGCCACUACCCGAUCUUCCAUCAAAUGGAGGGCGCGAUGCUCUGGAAGCGCCCGGAUAACGAGCCUUUGAAGCACGCCAGCCAGACUGCUGCUGCGAUCAUGAAGGAUGUCAACAGCAUCCCUGCGCAUGACGUUGUCGUGGAGGAUCCCAACCCUACCAUGGACCCCCAGCGGAACCCACUCCAGGCUGAGCACCACAGCGCGGAGGAAGUCGAGGCCAUCGCGGCGCACCUCAAGCGAUCUCUCGAACGGAUGGUGAUCAAGAUUUUCACCGAGGCCAGCAAGGCUGCCGUCGGUGCCACCGAGCAACCGGAGCCCUUGAAGGUCCGCUGGGUGGAGGCAUACUUCCCAUUCACGAGCCCCUCUUGGGAACUGGAGGUGUUCUGGCAAGGAGACUGGCUCGAGGUCCUGGGCUGCGGCGUUAUCAAGCAGGAGCUGCUGAUCAACUCGGAUGUGCCGAACCGCGUCGGCUGGGCGUUCGGUAUCGGCCUGGAGCGCAUUGCCAUGCUGCUCUUUAACAUCCCGGAUAUCCGUCUGUUCUGGUCGCGCGAUGAACGCUUUCUUUCCCAGUUCAGGGCGGGAGAGAUCACCCGCUUCGAGCCCUUCUCCAAGUACCCCGCGUGCUACAAGGACGUGGCGUUCUGGCUGCCCUCGGCUGCCGUCAGCGGCGGCAGUGCUGCGGGUGGUGCCGUGCCCGUCCAUGAGAACGACAUCAUGGAGAUCGUCCGUGGGGAGGGCGGUGACCUGGUGGAGGACGUCAAGCUCAUCGACGAGUUCACCCACCCCAAGACCCACCGCAAGAGCAUGUGCUACCGCAUCAACUACCGGAGCCUGGAACGCACCCUAACUAAUGAGGAGACGAACAAUCUUCAUAAGAAGGUUCGACAGCAGCUUGUGGGCCAACUGCGUGUCGAGUUGCGGUGAUCGCAGCAGCUCCCUUACUUACCUUACCACCCCUCAACGGCACCGAUGUACUAUAACCAGCAGGAGACUGCCGGGCAUGCCCUUGUGUACCAUAACUGUGUAUAAACCCUGCCCAAAACGAUAACCACCUAUCUCCAUUCAACACCCAGCUUCCAGAACCGAUUCACUCUAAGCGCUGCUCUCCAUCGUUCCGUUCAGCCGCCGCUCCAGAGCUU